AUGAGUGCUGUUGCAAUAAAAGGUGGUAUCUGGAGUAGGUCCCCACAAAGAGCCACGUUUAAGCUACUAAUUAAACUAUUGAACGACAGGAUAGGCAAGCCAACCUUGAAGGCAUUCUUAAUUGCAUACUUGUAUGUGACACUUCCACGAGUGUUAAACUGCGUGAUAGUGUCGCUAAGGAAGAAGAAAUAUAACAAGAUACCUCAGCGUUUGUACAAUAUAUUGACUAGAGCGCUUCAUUCUAAGAAAUUUCCAAUGCUCUCGGCUUUUUUGGUUGGGGGUAUUAAUAUCUUGGAACCUAUUGUAUAUUAUGUGAUUAAGAGGUCUGGUUUAUCAAGCAGCCCAAUUAAUAGCUUAUUUUUCUCAACGUUCAUUUCAUCCUUCGUUUCAGCACUAAUUGCUUUUCCCCGAUAUCAGGGGCACAUCCUUGGUUACGGGCGGAACUGGUCAUUGGAUCUAACAUUGUUAGUCGUCACGAGAGCAUUGGAUACAGCGCUCUCUUCAAGCUUAGGUAUGAUAGCACCGAAAGGAAUUGCAGGAUAUGGUGAUGCCUGUCUUUUUAUCGUAUCAUGCUCCUUUAUCAUGUUUUCAUGGUUUUACCGACCUCAUUCACUACCACCAGCCUAUUGCAAAUGGAUAACUUCAGCAGCUAAUAUGGACGUCGAAAUUCUUGCUGCUUUGAAGGGUCUACAUGAAGGUACUAUAAAGUAUGGUACUCCAUCCCUUGUACUCGAACAAUAUUGUUUAAGACAUAAAGUAGAUCCUAGCGAAGGAAAUUUUGUUAAAAAUCAACCAAUGAAAUGCAAUUUAGUUCAUGCCUUCAAGACAAAUAGUUGCGAGGUUCACGCGUUAUGGAGGUUUUUGAGAGGAUUCUCCUUUGCAAUGAAGAUUUACGGGCCCUUGAAUGCAUUGAUGCUUUUAGUUCCAAUAAAAAAUGCAAAGAUGAAAUCAAGAAUUAUAAGAUCUAUCAAAUCUACAUUCAGGUCGUCUUUCUUUUUGGGAGCAUUCAUUGGAUUAUAUUGGUACGCAGUUUGUCUCGCUAGACUGCGAAUUUUUCCAAAGUUAUUUCCAAGUGUACCUAAGACCCGUUGGGAUAUAACAGUUGGACCAGCUGCUGGUUCUGUAUUAUGUGGUUUUAGUAGCUUUAUUGAAUCAGCUCAGCGUCGUAAGGAAUUAGCGUUGUUCGUAGCGCCCAGAGCAUUGGGUACUAUUGUCCCCUCAGAGGCUUCCGAAAGAAACUUGAAUAUUGAAACAUUUGCAUUUGCAUUAAGUUUGGCAAUACUUGUUGCAUAUUCUAGAAGGGAUCCUAGGAAAGUUAGAGGUAUCUUUGGGAGAGGACUUCAACAAGUCUUUAAUAGAAGUUACUAUAAGUAG